AAUUCUUCUAAGAAACCAGUUUGUCUUUACUCUCUUCCUUUUCUUGUUUUCAAUGAAUUUGGUUACCUUCAAACUGAAUCCGCUAAAUAAACCUCGCAGGACAGCUUUUAUUUAUUUUUUUUCUAUGUCAAUUGUUGGUCUCUUUUCGAGUAAAUUAAGUACCGUUUAGCUAGAUUUGUUCUUUAAGCAAGCAAGCUAGGGAUUAAUCUUUUGAAGCUGCAUCGACUGUUUAACUCUUGUGAUUACUGUUAUUACUGUUUGUUAAUAAAGUAAUAUUGCCAUAGUUUCAGCACAUCUAGGUUUUUUCCUGCGUUGAAUUUUGUGUUUUUUUUUUGUAUUUUAUUUUAUUUUUUUUUUCAAGCACAUAUUGCUGCCAGUCGGGGUUUGUGUUAUACAGUCUUGGUAGGAAUUGUUAGCAACAAUUUGGGACAAUAGUUUUUAUUUUAUGUAAAAUCCAAUUAUCUGAACUCUGUGUUGGUGUUAUUGUUACAAAUGGAUUGGUUGUAUGUUAACAAUGCUAUAGUGCCGUUAGAGUUAAGCUGAUUGAACCUCCAUUUCCAUUAGAGGCUACAUGCAUCAAAUUUGGAUGUGGCACUGUUUUUUUUCUAUUAUUAAGUAUAGUUGUUGUAAGAAGUAGAAUGAUUGGAUGGAAGGAACUGGAGCAUGGAAUAUAGGUUGAGCUUGGUUUGACAUCUUCAUGCCACGAUUGGAAAUUUAGGACUGAAAUUUCAAAGCAUCAACAAUGUCGACAUCAUAUCUCCCUGCAACUACUGAUUCAAUUGCUCAGGCUUUAGAAGCAAAAGCCCCAACUGAAUCCAUUUCUAUCUAUUACCGAAUACUAGAGAAUCCAUCCUCUUCUCCUGAAUCUAUAAGGAUCAAAGAACAGGCUAUUGCCAAUCUCUCAGAUCUCCUCAAAGAAGAGCAACGGGCAGAGGAGCUUCGAAGCCUUCUGACCCAACUAAGGCCCUUCUUUGCCUUGAUUCCGAAAGCCAAAACAGCUAAAAUUGUUCGUGGAAUAAUUGAUGCAGUCUCUAAAAUACCAAACACAUCUGAUCUCCAGAUUUCUCUUUGCAAAGAAAUGGUGCAGUGGACCCGUGCUGAGAAGCGAACUUUUCUACGGCAGAGAGUUGAGGCAAGGCUUGCAUAUCUUUUGAUGGAGACCAAGGAGUACUCAGAGGCAUUGAAUCUCCUUUCUGGCCUAAUUAAGGAGGUCAGACGACUGGAUGAUAAGCUUCUCCUAGUGGACAUUAACAUACUGGAAAGCAAGCUUCACUUUGCUCUAAGAAAUCUUCCUAAAGCCAAGGCUGCACUGACUGCUGCAAGAACAGCAGCCAAUGCAAUUUAUGUUCCACCGGCCCAACAGGGGACCAUCGAUUUGCAGAGUGGGAUCCUUCAUGCGGAAGAGAAGGAUUACAAAACUGCAUACAGCUACUUCUUCGAAGCAUUUGAAGCUUUCAGUGCUCUUGAUGAUAAACAAGCAGUAUGUAGCCUUAAAUAUAUGUUGUUAUGCAAGAUAAUGGUGAACCAAGCUGAUGAUGUUGCAGGAAUAAUAUCAGCCAAGGCAGGGAUGAAAUAUGCGGGGCUUGAGCUGGAUGCAAUGAAAGCUGUUGCCGAUGCUCAUGCUAAACGCUCUCUAAAGCUGUUUGAGAUUGCACUCCAGAGUUACAAUGCCCAACUUGAGGAAGACCCAGUUGUUCACCGCCACCUGUCUUCCCUGUACGACACUUUAUUGGAGCAAAACCUCUGCCGGUUGAUUGAGCCUUUCUCCAGAGUCGAGAUUGCUCAUGUAGCUGAUCUGAUUGAAUUGCCUCUAGAUCAUGUGGAGAAGAAACUGUCUCAGAUGAUUCUGGAUAAGAAGUUUGCCGGAACAUUGGACCAGGGCGCUGGAUGCCUCAUCAUUUUUGACGAUCCCAAAACAGAUGCAAUCUACCCAGCAACAUUGGAGACUAUUUCCAAUAUCGGCAAGGUUGUUGAUAGCCUGUAUGUGAGGUCAGCCAAGAUAAUGGCUUAAAUUUCUAGAUGUAGGAGUACACCAUAUUCACCAUGUCAGUUAACCAAUUUCUUUUUUAAUUUUUUUCAGUAUAAUUCUUCUUGAGCAGGUUGUUUGUCUUUAAAUGUUUUUGUCUUUGAAGUAAUGCACUUAAUCUGCUCUGUUUGUCAAGUUAUGUUUUCCCGUGAGAGUAGAACAUUAUAUCUAUCUCUACUAUUGGAAGGACUUGCGCAUUAAAAAAAAAUAUGAAUAUAACAGAAAUUUCACCUUAUAAAAA